AUUUUUAAUUACGCGCUCAAGCCAGUCAGUAUCACUUCAGUCUCCACCAUUGUAGCUACGUUGUUUGUGCUUGGCAGACAAGGUAAUUCAAUUCAAUUGAAGUUGUGUCAUUACGUUUUUCGAGAAGUUGUGUUUUCCUGGAUUUGUUCGGACAUUUUUCCAGUGAUGAGAUUUAACUUUGAUUACAGGAAUUGGGGUUUUUUAUCAUUUUAAAUCUACUGAUACUGCAGACUGUGGUGUAUUUCGAAUUGUGGAAGAAUAAUAACUGCUGCAGGAUGUUCGAACAAGAGGCAGCCAACGAUGUUCAAGUGAAUAAUGACGUAGAAAUGCAGCAGCAACCACCAGUGGAAAUGAGUUCCACAGAUAGUGACUAUUACAGCGAAGUCGAAGGCGAUUCGCCGAUCGAUAGUGAAGAAGACAACAGUUACCCAGCCGAUCAAGUCGUAUGUUCAGUUUUUGACGACUGGAUUGAAUUGGAUUUGUCUAUGGAGUCUCUCCGGUCGUUAGGUUUUCUCAGUGACACAGACUUCCAAGCGGUUUUGGAUUCUUUCGCCGAGUUUACAAGCCAUCAGCUGCGUUUGGGGGUUUCCAGUCCAAGAGAGAUGGAAGGACUACUCAGAAAUCAUUUAGCUUAUCUAUUAUGGCGCCGAACUGUAUUUACAAAACUUCAUCAACUGCCACCAAUUAGCGUGGAAGCUGAACAGCUGAAUUUAUUUCUUGGUAACAAAUGGUGUGAGAAAACUAACACGAUGUCACAAAACAGGGAACGAUUCAAGAGUCUGGCUGACGCAACUGCCGUUCCCCAAUUGAUUCUCUCAACAAUCCAGUCGUAUUUCCGGAAACGACAACCUGAAAGGACGGCAGCAGAUGCCGUCAGCAACAAGAGAUUCCGGAGGAAUUAGAAUUGAUUUUUUAAGAGCUCACGAAAAUGGUUUGAAUGUUUACUCAAAAGAAAUCAUCUUAAAUCUUAUAGAAGUUUUUAAAAUAACGUUUUUCAAAAUCCGCGAUGAGCAAAUAUUUUCCAAGUAUCUAUUUGAUCACUUAUUUAUCAUGCACAAUUAUCUUACUUGAUGUACGUGAAAGAUUUCACAAUGUUAUUAUCAGCAAUCACCCAAAUUGUUCUAAUUUCACUAUUAAGCUUUUAACUGCAUUUCGUUAAGAUAAAUGUUCUUAUUGCCUUUCCCCA